AUUAAAAGCCCAGACCCACGAAACCACUAUACUAUAAAAUUCGACAGCCAGCUGAAUUUACCUAGUAAUUCUUGGCUCUCUCUUUUCUCAUUAGAAAGUAGUAAAACCAUGAAUCUUCAAACUCUAUCUCUUCACUACGCCAUCUCUCUUUCCCCCCUGAAUCCUAAUAAUUCAACUAGACUCAGUUUGAAAUGGUCAUCGCGAAUGGUUGAACACAAAGCUUUCAAGGUAAGCUCAGUAGUGAUGAGACACGAUACAUGCAGUACUCAAACUCAAACUCAGAAGACAGACCUUCUCCAACUCAUUGAUGAAACGGAAGAAUCGUUGUUUAGGACAGGCAAAUACGGCAGGUUUGGAGGAAUCUUCGUGCCUGAAACACUAGUCACCUGCCUCAACAUGCUCGCAUCUGAAUUCAACCUUUGCCUGCAUGAUCCCCACUUUCAGGGGGAGCUCGCGACUGCACUAAGAGAUUACGUUGGCCGCGAAACUCCACUAUAUUUGGCGCAAAGACUCAGCGAUCAUUACAAGAAUAGCAGGGGAGAAGGCCCCGACAUUUACCUCAAGAGAGAGGAUCUCAACCACGGCGGAGCUCACAAAAUCAACAACGCCAUCGCUCAGGCCAUGCUCGCCAAGCGCAUGGGCCGCCAGAGCGUCGUCUCCGCCACCGGCGCCGGCCAGCACGGCGUCGCCACGGCCGCCGCCUGCGCCAAGCUCGAUAUGGAGUGUACCAUAUUCAUGGGCGACGUGGAUAUGGCGAAACAGUCCUCCAACGUGCGCUUAAUGAAGCACCUUGGCGCACGGGUGAAAUCUGUUCAAGGCACGUUCAAGGAUGCGACGUCGGAGGCGAUACGACAGUGGGUGGGGGAUUUGGAGAGGAAGUACUACUUAUCCGGGACGGCGGGGGGGCCGCACCCGUGCCCGGCCAUGGUUCGGGAGUUCCAGUCGAUCAUUGGGAAAGAGAUAAGGAGACAGGCAAUGGAGAAGUGGGGUGGGAAGCCUGACGUUUUGGUGGCUUGUGUGGGGAGUGGUACCAAUGCUCUCGGAAUGUUUCACGAGUUCGUGAGAGACGAGGAUGUCCGGUUGAUCGGAGUUGAGGCGGCCGGGACCGGCAUAGAUGGAGGGCGCCACUCUGCUACUCUUACUAAAGGAGACAUAGGUGUGUAUCAUGGGGCCAUGAGCUAUUUGCUGCAAGAUGAUGAGGGCCAGAUUAUUGGCCCCCAUUCCGUCGGUGUUGGGCUAGAAUAUCCUGGAGUCAGCCCGGAGCUGAGCUUUCUGAGAGAGAUUGGACGAGCAGAGUUUCACACGGUUACGGAUGAUGAAGCUAUUGAUGCGUAUACACUGUUGUGUCAAUUAGAAGGAAUAUGUCCAGCGCUGGAGGCGGCACACGCACUCGCACAUCUUGGAAAACUAUGCUCGACCUUGCCCAAUGGCACCAAGGUGGUAGUUAACUGCAGCGGCCGUGGUGAUAAGGAUGUAGAGAUGGUGUUUCAGUAUCAAGAAGAAAAAAAUGGGGGAAGGCUUACCAGUUCCACUUCCUGAUAGGAAGAAGCAUCAUAGCAACUAAUGUACCAUUUGUAAAUACUCAAAAAAGAAAAGUGAUAGUGAGUUUCUAUAAAGAAAGGUGCAAACAAACUAAUGCUGAAAUGCCUCCAUCUAUGUUUCAAGCGCAUGCUCAAAUUUAAUCAAUACAGAGGCACAGUCAGUCUUAUACUUCCAAGUCCUAAACCACUUCAAAUGUAUGUAGUAAUAUGUAACUGACAGUAAACAUAUUAGAAUUCAAACAAAUUUGAACAA